UCUGACACCGUCCGCUUCCGUGACCUCUCGGUUGUUCUCGCCAGACUCGAGGAGAGAAGCGAAAGCGGCCGCGUCGAUGCCUCUCGACCGAGCAACUCUAGCUUCCUCCGGUCGCUCUGUCGACUCAUCGUCGCUGUCAUUUCCGAGCUCGGAUCCCCCGUCCGAGUACUCCUGGGUCGAGGAGUACCAACGAUCGUACCCUAGAUGGAAGUCCCUGCGAGAUUCCUUUCAGCUGCCGAUCCAGGUUACCACAUCUCGGGUUAACCAGUUCGACGCGGCGCGCUUGGAUGUGGAGAUGUCCGCCAUGUUGAAGGAGCAGCUUGUCAGAGUCUUCUCCUUGAUGAAGCCAGGGUUUUUAUUUCAAUACGAGCCAGAACUGGAUGCUUUCCUUGAGUUUCUGAUCUGGAGAUUCUCUAUCUGGGUAGAUAAGCCCACCCCAGGGAAUGCUCUCAUGAACCUUAGGUACAGAGAUGAGCGCGCUGUGCCCGUUGGAGGCAAAGCAGUUAGAACUGGGCUUGAAGGACCUGGGCUUUCUGUUUCCCAAAAGAUAUGGUACUGCCUUACCACAGUUGGUGGUCAAUAUCUAUGGUCCCGUGUGCAAUCAUUCUCAGCUUUUCGCAGAUGGGGUGAUUCUGAACAGAGAUCAUUGGCACGCCAAUCCUGGCUUUUGUUACAGCGCAUCGAAGGAUUAUAUAAAGCUGCCUCUUUCUGCAACUUACUUAUAUUUCUUUAUUCUGGAAGGUAUAGAAGUAUUAUUGAAAGGGUUCUUAGAGCAAGGCUUGUGUAUGGAAACCCCAAUAUGAAUCGAGCAGUUAGUUUUGAAUACAUGAAUCGACAAUUAGUGUGGAACGAAUUUUCGGAGAUGUUGCUUUUGCUUCUUCCUCUUUUGAACUCAUCUUCGGUCAAGAGAUUUCUUCUUCCAUUCUCAAAAAAUAAGUCAUCUGAUUCUUCUGGUAAUGAAGCAGAGUGUCCCAUAUGUCAGUCAAAUCCUACAAUUCCUUUUCUGGCACUUCCUUGUCAACACAGAUACUGCUAUUAUUGUCUCCGCACACGCUGCGCAGCAGCCAGCUCAUAUCACUGUGCUCGUUGCAACGCGGUGGUCGUUGCCAUUCAACGGCAUGGAUCAAGUGAAACCAAACCAUCUAAUUUAGGCGACAUCAGAGAAUCUUCAAAUUGACUUUACCUGACAGAAAUGUCAUUUGUAUGUUCUGUGGCUGUAUAAAAUGCUUGGAGGAAAACAUUCAUUGACUUGAAAAAUCUCACAAGAAUGUAGUUAGAAAUUAUAUUUGAAAAAGAUUCAAAAGAGUUGUUCACACCAUAAGUAACAAUUUGAUGCUGUCAGUCACUUGGUAUUCGUCAAAAAUAAAUACCGAAUCCUGAAAUUUUAAGCUGCAUUUGUGAAAUGUCCAGGUUGGUAUGGAUCGCUAACUUUGUCUCCCAUGCAGCAGUGAAGCUAAAAACAUGAGCUGCGGAGCACCUGCUUGAAUUCACCGGUACGCAUAGUUCACUUUGCUCGUUCUUCAUCCAUGUGUUUUUUUCUCUUAGCUUCUUUCUCGAUCAACCUUUCAAUUUCUCCUUCAAGUCUAUUUUGUUCUUCUGCUGGAUGGUUUAUCUUCUUGUUUCCCAGAACUUGCAGUAGUGCUCGUCUUCCUUGCCUGGGUGAGCUAGAAAAAGGAGGGCUUCCGUGGAUGAUGGUGCUUGUGGAACUAUGACACAUCAAAUAUGUACAUAGUGUGGAAAGAUAAAAGAACCAGGUCUCAUCAGAGGUCUAAUCGUAGCUACUGGGACACUGGUUUCUAGUAAUGGGAGACACGUGAAUUUGUUUUGUUACUGUAGACGAACAAAGUGUAGAUGAAGACUGUCCUCGUGAUCUUUUAUUCGAGUUCCUCGUCUUAUCAUCUUCAUGGAAUCAAUCCUUUUGAAGCUUACUGCA